UAUAUAAUCAUCGUGACCUGGUAAUCGUCGAGGAUGAUCUUCGUUUUCGGUAUUAAUGCUCCGAGCUCGUUGAUCUUUGUGUGUAUCCCUUCUUUCCCUUGAAAGGGUCUUUUUUGGGAGGUUUAAUCCCAAUUUCUCUUUCUUAGAUACCAUGUAUUUCACAACAUUCUCUCUUUUCUUCUUCUCUUCGGUCAUCGCCCUCGUCCAGGCAUGGCUGCCCACAGACGGAAGUCAUACACUAUCUGCCUUCACUAAUGGAGGAACGAGUAAAAUCCGAGGGGUCAACUUAGGCUCGCAUUUCGUCUUCGAACCAUGGAUGGCGCAGUCAUAUUGGAAAGAUACUUUGGGAUGCAAGGAUUCCGGUGGUAGUGGCUAUCAUUCCGAAUGGGAUUGUGUUCAGGGGAUUGGACAAGAUGCUGCCAAUUCGGCCUUUCAGCGGCAUUGGAGCUCGUGGACUUCUCAGGAAGAUAUCAAUACUAUGAUUUCAUAUGGGUUGAACACUAUCAGGAUCCCUGUUGGAUUCUGGAUCAAUGAAGACCUCAUUAACGACGGCGAGUAUUAUCCCAAAGGUGGCGCAUUCGAUAACCUGCGCAACGUCUGCCGAUGGGCUGCUGCUGCUGGGAUGUAUGUCAUCCUGGAUCUCCAUGGGAUGCCUGGUGUUCAGACACCAAACCAAGCCUUCACUGGAAGAUACACACCCAAUACGGCAUUCUAUGAAUCCGACCCCGACGCGGAGCGGGCGUAUACAUUCUUUGAAUGGAUUAUCGAGAAUAUCCACAGCAGCGACGACUUCUCGAAUGUUGGAACCGUCGAGAUUAUCAACGAGCCUCUGCAGAACACUGUAAACGCUCAGACAUCCUGGCUUGUUAAGACCUUCUACCCAACCGCCAUCGAUCGCAUCCAACAGAAAGAGGCAUCGCUGGGCGUGUCUGACAGUGAUAAGGUCCACGUUAUGACGAUGGACGACCUCUGGGACGCUGGCGGAAACCCUACUUCAUCUCUGACAUCCUCUCAGCAGGAGCGUCUCCUCUUCGACGAUCACAACUAUGAAUCUUACUCUAUCAGUAGCGCCCAGAACAUCAGUGACUUCGUCAGCUUUGCCUGCAAGGACAACCGCGAGUCAGCCGUGAAUCCCAAAAUCGUGGGCGAAUGGAGUUUAAGCUUCUCUAACUCCGGAGACGCAUUCACUCCUAUGACCGACCACGUUAGUGAUUACUCGAACUGGUUCUCGGCCCAGCAGCAGCAGUAUGAGAAGCUGAAUGGCUGGGUCUUCUGGAGCUGGAAGACCGACUUGACCAAUAACGCUGAGCAGUGGACUUAUCAGAAGGCCGUCGAAGCUGGAAUCAUUGACAAAGAUCUGAACAAGCAGCUCACGAAGUAUAAAUGCUAGAUGCAGCUGAGCCACGAUGACGGUUCGCAGAGCGGGGAUUUGCGAACGCAGUCCGCAUAUAUGAUGCGACUAUUCACAUAUGAGGGAACGAUUAUAAUCAUGAAUAUAAUUUAAUUGUGAUGUUUGCAGUAUAUAGUUUAAUAUGCUCCGUCCCACUGGGCGGGCUUAUACACGCAUGUUAGGACUGUUAUGCUAAUGAAGGCAUAACUGAGAUCUGAAUUAUC